GGGGCUCUGCACGACGCCGCUGGAGAAGACAAGACAGGAGUGGUCCAGCGCGGAAAAAGAGGAACAUGGCCAAGGAGUGGGGUUACGCCAGCCACAAUGGUCCUGACCACUGGCAUGAACUUUACCCAAUUGCCAACGGGGAUAAUCAGUCACCCAUUGAACUUCAUACUAAGGAUAUCAAGCAUGACCCUUCUCUGCAGCCAUGGUCGGUAUCGUAUGACGCUGGCUCUUGCAAGACCAUUCUGAACAACGGCAAGACCUGCAGAGUUGUGUUUGACGAUACUUUCGAUAGGUCCAUGCUGAGAGGCGGUCCUCUCCCUGGACCCUACCGACUCCGCCAGUUUCACCUUCACUGGGGUUCUUCAGAUGAUCAUGGUUCUGAGCACACUGUGGAUGGAGUCAAGUAUGCAGCUGAGCUUCAUUUGGUUCACUGGAAUCCAAAAUAUAACACUUUUAAGGAGGCUCUGAAGCAACGUGAUGGAAUCGCUGUGGUUGGCAUUUUUUUGAAGAUAGGACGUGAAAAAGGCGAGUUUCAAAUUUUCCUUGAUGCAUUGGACAAAGUUAAGACAAAGGGCAAGGAGGCGCCCUUCACGCACUUUGACCCGUCCUGCCUGUUCCCAGCCUGCCGGGACUACUGGACCUACCAGGGCUCCUUCACCACGCCGCCGUGCGAGGAGUGUAUUGUGUGGCUGCUGCUGAAGGAGCCCAUCACCGUGAGCUCCGACCAGAUGGCCAAGCUGAGGAGCCUGUCAUCCAGCGCUGAGAACGAACCCCCUGUACCCCUCGUGGGGAACUGGCGCCCUCCGCAGCCCAUCAAAGGCAGGGUGGUGAGAGCCUCCUUCAAAUGAGGCCCCUGGAUCUUGCCCUCUUCAGGAAAGGAAAGGCAUUGGAGAGUGUGGUUCCUUGCCUCCUCCUGGUGCUCCUUACUCUGAGUGUAUUUCAUUUUCCAUCCUGAGCAGUGAGUGCAAGAGAGAGAUGCAGUCACUAAGAAACCAGUUGCUUUUGACGAGAUCUAACAUGAAAGUGUGAAUUUCACACUCAAUCUUUGUAAUAAUCAUCUUUUCUAUAAAAGUAGCAAUUCUAGUAAGGUUUCAGAGAAGAACAGACAAAGGUGGAAGAGCACAGAUAUAGAAAAAUGGCUAGUGCGCACCAUUUUCCCGUUAUCUUAAGUUUCCCAGCGUUUCACUUUUCCUGUUUUUCAUGAAGUUGCCCACCUUAAAGCAAUAAUGACUCUAUUACUGAAGUGUAUGAAGAUCAUGUAAAAUUAAACAUCAGCCAAAACCGGAUAUGACUAUGGACACCAAGAAUUGAGAUGAUACUGUGUUUUAACAAGAAGUUUUAACCAACAAGAGGUUCAUCAUUUAUUAAAAAUUUAGCUACUACUAAGAUUAUGUGGGUUUGAUUAUCAGUGACAGAAAGUACAAUAAGACUAGGAGCUUUAAAAAAAUUGAUUGAGAAUUUGAAUUUCUUUCUCAUAAAGGUGGUUGACUUUACUAUUUUUCUUUACCUGAAGGAGGGCCAUUUAUUUUUAAUUUCAUCACAUUUAUCUAUGCAUGCCUAUUAAAAUAAAAGUUGCCUUUGAUGUCUUUCUAAUUUGAGGCUGGAAUGAAUGAGUCCUAGAUCAUGGAGGAGUGAAUAAUGGAACUUGAAGUAAAAGCAGUUGUAUUGGUCACCAAAGUCAAUAAAACAUGAACAUAGAA